UGCAAAUGUAGCCGGUCAGUCCUUCUGUCGGAGGUGAAGUGUCCCUUAACUUGUGAAAGCUCUCACGUGUUUCUGUCGAAUGUCAUGGAGAAACCGGGGUCCUGGACCUAGACGCGAAAAGCCAAGCAUAAAAUUUUCCAUACGGGAAUGAGGAUGAACUUUGGGUUGACUUUCAAGGCAGCAAAAGGCUGCUGGAUGGUGACCAUCAGCCGGCAGAGCUCACAUGGAUCCACUGGGUUAUUUGUGCCACCAAGUCCUCCUCUGGACCCUGAGAAAGUCAAAGAAUUACAGCUCUUCAUCACCCUUUCCAAGAGGCUCCUAGUAAUGACUGGGGCAGGAAUCUCCACAGAGUCAGGGAUCCCAGACUACAGGUCAGAGAAGGUGGGACUUUAUGCCCGCACUGACCGGAGGCCCAUCCAGCACGGGGACUUUGUACGGAGUGCGCCAAUCCGCCAGCGGUACUGGGCGAGAAACUUCGUGGGCUGGCCUCAGUUCUCCUCCCACCAGCCUAACUUGGCACACUGGGCUUUGAGCAACUGGGAGAGACUUGGAAAGCUGCACUGGUUGGUGACCCAAAAUGUGGAUGCCUUGCACACCAAGGCAGGGAGUCAGCGCCUGACAGAGCUCCACGGAUGCAUGCACAGGGUUCUCUGCCUGGGCUGUGGCGAACAGACUCCCCGUGGGGUGCUGCAGGAGCGUUUUGAAGUCCUGAACCCCACCUGGAGUGCUGAGGCCCACGGCCUGGCCCCUGAUGGCGAUGUCUUUCUCACAGAGGAGCAGGUACAGAGCUUUCAGGUCCCGUCCUGUGCUCGCUGUGGAGGCCCUCUGAAACCAGACGUCGUUUUUUUCGGGGACACAGUGAACCCUGACACAGUUGACUUUGUGCACAAGCGUGUAAAAGAAGCCGACUCCCUCUUGGUGGUGGGAUCAUCCCUGCAGGUGUACUCUGGUUACAGGUUUAUCCUCACUGCCCGGGAGAAGAAGCUGCCAAUUGCAGUACUGAACAUUGGGCCCACACGGUCAGAUGACUUGGCGUGUCUGAAACUGGAUUCUCGUUGUGGAGAGUUGCUGCCUUUAAUAGACCCUUACUGACCACAGCCUGAUGGUCCUGAGCCAGAAACUGGGACUUUCACUUGAAUCCUGUUGCUAAAGGUAAAUGCCUUCUCAGAGAUCAGGUUCCAGUUCCCAUUCAACUGAGAUGACUGACAAGAUACAGAAGGUUCUAGGCUUCUUAAGGUAUGGCUACUCUUAAUUAAAACUGAUUUUUUAAUGUGCACUAAGCUAUAGUGUUUAUAGACUGAUUUCCAAAUUCUAGGCACAUAGCUAUUUAAGACAAUGUUCCAAAAUUUGCCAUUGCUUUUUUCCGUUUUUAAGAAUAACAACUUUUUUGAGAUAUAAUUCACAUACCAUAAAGUUCACCCUUUAAAAGCAUACAAUUAACUUAUUUUUAGUACAUUCACAAAGUUGUACAUUAAUCAUGACUAUCCAAUUUGAGAACAUUUUCAUCAUCCCGAGAAGAAACCUUGUACCUGUUUGCAGUCAUUCCCCAUUUCCCACACCACCCUGAGUCCCAGGCAACAACUAAUCUCUCUGUUCCUGCCUAUUCUAGAAAUUUCAUACAAUAUGUGUCCUUCUGUGUCUGGCUUCUCCACUUAGCAUAAUGUUUUCAAGGCUCAUCCAUACUGUAGCAUGUGUCAGUAUUUUAAUCUAUGAGUGCAACUAUUUAAAAUAUAUGUAUAACGGAUUUACUGAGAUAUAAUUCACAUACUAUACAGUUCACUCAGUACAAUUCAAUAGUUUUUAGUAUAUUCCCAAAGGAGAGCAACCACUUAAAAAAAAAAAAAGGGCUUUGGAAACCACGGUUUUGGGAUGUGGGUGCUGUCCCCAUUGUUCUUCUUACUUGUUGCAAAUAAUAAACUUUUUUUUCUUACCCAAAAAAAAAUAGACUUUAUUUUUUAGAGUAGUUUUAGGUUCACAGCAAAAUUGAACAGGAAGUUCAGAGUUCCCAUAUGCCCCUUGCUCCUUUACACUCACAGUAUUUUUUACCUACUGAAGGACAUCAUAGUUGCUUCCAAGUUUUUGGCAAUUAUUAAUACAGCUGCUGUAAACACCCACAUGCAGGGUUUUGUGGGGGCGUAAGUUCUCAACUAAUUUGGGUAAAUACCAAGGAGCAACACUGCUGGAUCAUAUGAUAAAAGUAUAUUUAGCUUUGUAAGAAACUGCCAAACUGCCCUCCAAAGGGGCUGUACCAUUUUGCAUUUCCACCAGCAACGAAUGAGAGUUCUUAUACACCCACUUUUUAAAAACCACCUUAAUUCAGGUGUACUGUACUUACAGGGAAGUGUAUGUAUCGUAAAAGGACAACCUGAUGAAGACAUACAGCAUCUCGAUGAAGGAACAGGAUGUGACCAGCACCUGAAGAGUCCCCUUGGCACAAAUACUUUUUAACCAGUUUCUUAUUACUAGAAUAAUACAUAUUGUAGAAAGUUUAGAUGACAUAGGUAAUAAAUAAAAAGAAUAUAGACUAAUUACCCAUAAUCCCACCACCAAGAUAACCAAAGCUUAACAAUUCUGGUAUAACUAAAUCUGUUUUUACAAAAAUUGAAUCAACUUGUGCAUAAUGUUAUAUUACAUCCUAUUUUCACUUAACAAGAUAUAGUGGCCAUCUUUACUUGUCCUAAAUGCUGUGGUUUUUUUCAAUGGUAGGUAGGCUGAUGUUCAAUCAUUUCCUCUACCCAACCCUUGGCCUAUUCUGGCACUAACUUGUUUCCUUUCUUUUCAGAUCCCUGAGGGAUUCAAUCCUUCUUCCUCUUAUAGAAGCUCACCAAGUGCAACCUGUAGAGGGCAGCAAACCAGCUUCUUUCCCAGCACGUCUCUGAACUGCCUGGUGUUCAGUCGGGCUGAUGAGAACUGCCCUUGACGAAAGACUUUUUCAGAGAAGCGGCUUCUCUUAAUAGGAAAACUGCUUUCGCCUCCUUUUAUCUCACCAGACAGAAGAAAUGGCCUGGGGAAUAUGUAGGCCAGAAGAAUCUCAGGAGUGCUAACCUGGGGAUCUCACUAAUGUGGGCAGGUGAAAGAAGGAAAUGACUUUAAUUUAUAAUUCCAAAUGGUUGUAUGUCUUUAACUGAACCAUUUUAAUAUAUUUUUUUGGAAAGAUGAGCAACAGUAUUAAUUUUUUAUUAACCAAAGAAUAAAAUAAUUAUUGUUUAAUAGCA